CAUAAAUACACACACAGCCCAGACAACAACAUCCAUCCAUCACUUGCAAUGGCCUCUGCCGAUGACCACCACCCUCAAAAACUCGAGGGCUCCCUCCACGACAUGAUCUCCGGCCUCACCAACCACCUCGAUCAUCACCCUCGCGGGUUCAAACAAGGGAGCGGUGAUGAAGGCGGAACUCCUUGAUGGAGCGACGGAGAUGAAUAAGGCGAAGGUGGGGGAGGAUGAGGGUAAGGUGAGUGCGUAUACGAAUAGUAACUUUCAGGCGGUGAACAAUUCGAUCAUGAUGGAUGGGGAGUGCACGGCCGAGGAUCCAGGUGUUCAUAUAGAGAUUGUUGACUGCAUGGACAUCGAAGAAGAAGAUGAAGAUGGUGACGAGAAGGAUAGGAUGAAGAGCAAGGGGAAAAAAGAGGAGAUGAAGAAAAAGAAAGGGAAGAAAGAGAGUUUACAUGAGGAGAAGCAUUUGGAGGGGAAGGAGGGGUGAAGAGUGAGGAUUUUGGAGGGUCCUAGAAAUAAAAGAUUUUAAGGAGUGUGUUCAAAGUUUGUCUAG